AUGGCUACCGCUGGAGCAGCUGGAGACGACCUGCGAAAAGAGCUCACGUGUGCGAUUUGUUUGGACUUCUUUAAAGACCCUGUCAUCCUGAAAUGCGGACACAAUUUCUGUCGCUUUUGUAUCUGCAUGCACUGGGAUGAAAAUGGCGGAGACUACGGGUAUCAGUGCCCUCAAUGCCGAACGGUAAGCAAAAAAAAACCACAUUUUCUGAAUUGAGCUUUUUUUAUCCUCAUGAAACACGCUCUGACAUCUGACUUUUCACUGAAAACUGUUUAUCAGUUUAUUUUAAUUGGGCUGGUUGACUGUUUGUGGUAAAAGUAUUAUCUACGCAGUGUAUUUCGUAGCUACCGUUGCUAUGAUAGCGAACCUUAGCUAGCGUGUUUGAACUAGAAACCCUCAGUAGUUCAGCAACUGCAACUGUAUAUUAUCUUUUAAAAUAAGCUAAUAAAAAAAACAACACCUCACUUUUAGUCUCCUAGAAACAGAAUCUGCGUCGUUUCUGUUUAACCCUUCUCUGUAUUUGAUGCUCCAGGUGUUCAACAAGAGGACGUUCACCAAAAACUACCUGGUUCAGAACCUGGUGUCCAAACUGGAUGAUUUGGACUGCCUGGGUUCUUGUCCGGCUCCGUCCAAGCCCGUGAAAGUGGACGGGAAAUGUGACCAACAUGGCGAAGAGCUGAAAUUGUACUGCCAGACUGAUAAGAGGCCCAUCUGUGUUGUCUGCAGGGAAUCCAGAGCACACAGGUAGUUUGUGUGUCACGGUCUGCAGAAAAGCAGAACAACGUGUACUUGUUUCUCUAAAGCUGCUGCUUGCCUUACUAAAAAUGUCCAGUCAAAUGCACGAAGCAUACUGCAUUUUGCUGAGUGUAUGUGUUUUAUUUUGGACUGUGCCAUUUUUACUUUAAAGAUGCAGAAUUUGUUCUCCUCAGAGACCAACAAUGUAGGUGAAGGCAGUGAAUGCAUGCUUCUACUGUAAAAACCAGAAAGCCAAUAGUUCUGAGUUUUAUAAUUGUAACAUAACGUUGACCAAUGUUAAAUUUUCUUUGAUACAAAAACUUUAAUUCAAUUUGUACCCUGUUAUCAACUAUCUUCUCAACAUGUCAUCAUGAUGUAGAUUAAAAACAAAUCAUCCUUGACAUAGAUUCAGCACCAUCUUAGCUUGCCAUUUGGCUCUCUGUGUGAUUGGAUGAAGAAGCUGCAUGAGAUAAACAGAAGUCUCAACAGUUUUAUCUCCAGAGUCAAGGACAUUUAAUUUCACUGCACACACUCGCUUUUACAGUCUAAAGGCUUAAGACAGGGGUGUCAAACUCAUCCACAGCAAGGGGAUAAUCUGGAUUUAGGUCCAACCUGAGGGUCGAACAGGGUCAACAUUUCACCAAAACUGUCAACCUCCAUUUACACAUCAUUCAGAAAUUAAAAAAAAUAAAUAAAAAGAUAAGUUUAAAGGCAAACUGAGAUAGAAAAAUGUAUUUAAUUUUUAUUUUUUAUUCUAUUUUUAUUUAUUAGUUCAAAAAAAUCAGAGCAUGAUAUUAAAAAUAGAAAAAUAAUGCUUUUUAAAGUGCUAAUACAUGAGGAGAACAUUGAAAUCCGGUAUAAAAGGUAAAAAUAUGACUUGAAAUUUAAAAUUGAAAUCCAAGGUAUAAAAAUGACACAAGUCUAAAUACUGAGUUGAACAAAAUCAAAGCAUGAAAUAAAAAAUCCAAUCAUGUUUGACUUGUAAUCUUGAAAUGCAAAAUUUAAAACUUUAAAUAAAACAAAAAAUAUAUUUCCCCCCACAUUCUUGACCGUUUAUCAAAUUUUUGUAUUUGUCUUUAAUUUCCCAGAUUUUAGUGGCUUAUUAAGGACAUUUAAAAAAUUGUGCUAAAGUUUACAUUAUUAUACUGAGGGAAAUCUGCAGACUUCAUACUGGUGGGCCAAUAAUAAUACAAAUAUGAUAUGAUCUUUUGGGCCAGAUAUAAUUGUUCCACAGGCCAGAUUUGACACCUGUGGCUUAAGCAAAUGUCAGGGCCGUUGAAACUUUGUGAAGGGUUUAUGUAUUGCUAAGCAACAGAGCUUUUGGAGUAUUUAUCUGCACCUUUUUAACAUCAAUGUAAAUAAAAGACAUGAUGUUGAAUGUUUUUUCCUCAAGAAUAGUUUGUGAAAAUGUACUUUGAGGAGUUUCAAGAUCUAGCCGAUGCUUAAACACUACAGUCUGUGAACAUGACUGUUUUAAGAGAGUCUGAAGUUUAAAGUCAUAGUGACUUGAACAUGAACAGAGUCAACUCUUUCACUUAAAUUCCCUCUUUUUGUCUUUCCAGACACCAUGAGGUAGCACCAGUCCCAGAGGUUGUGAAUGACAUGAAGGUAAGUCCUGACGUUACAUUUGUUGUAUUGUGCUUCACAGGAGAGUGAAUAGUCUCUGCCAUAGUGUUUCAUAUCAUAAUUAAUUGUUCUAUCCCUCUGUGUUUUGUUAUAUGCACUUAUUCCAGAUGGAGUUGAAACUCAGACUAAUGGAGCUCAACUGGCAGAAGUCUCAGUGUGUAAAAGUUCUAACAGCUGAUGAGCGCACCAGGAAUGAAGUCAGGGUAUGGAACGGCCCUUUUAAUUAUAAUUAUGUUUCAAAACAUGUCUGUUGGCCAAACUAAUACUUUUCUCAUCAUGCUAUUCAUCUCUGUGAUUGUUUUUUUUUCCAGCUGAAGAAACAGAGACUGAAGGAGAAGAUUGAGGCAGAUGUUGGUGCCCUGGUCCAGUUCUUGCUAGAUGAGAGAGACUCCCUGCUGGAGAGCUUAGAUGCCGAGGAGGUGGCCACUAUGGCUGUUAUAGAUGACAACAUGAAGAUUGUGGAGGAGGAGACUGCAGCUGUGGAAAAAGCUAUAGCUAAUAUCCACAGCCACAUCAGCGGGAAAACUAGCUUUGAGGUCAGUCUCAAAAAAAUCUGGUAUCUCCUUCCUCUUGUUGUUGACGUGUUUUGGGAAGAGGCAUGUACAAUAUUUGGGCAGACAUUUGCUAACAGUAGCUCUUUAGGUUGAAAAUGCUGUACAAAAUAAAUGACAAUGAUGACAUGUAAAAACAACAAGCAUUUAUUGACUUUUGAGCUUAACUAAGUUGCAUUUUACCAAAAAGAAAAUCGUCUUUGGCUUCACAGCUCACAGGCUACUUUUUUAUGUGGUGCUGAAGCUGACAUUUCAAUGCCUUUUUUUACCAAGCAGCUGAACAUUUUCACACUACUUGCAAGGACAACAAGAUUUCACACAUUGCACUUAACAGCAAGAGUGCACAUUUCUAUGAUACACUUCAUAACUACCACUGGAUUGACUUAAACGACGUCAUCAUUGGGCCGUUUGAUUGACAUGAAUGUUUAGAAAUAAUCAAUGUUUUCUUCUUUUUUAUUCCAACAGAGCUUGGCAGAGACAUUCAACGAGUAAGUUCUUAAAAAUGACAUUCUAAGUUACUUUUGGGAAAAAAGAGUUUCACAUAAUUUUGAUGUUUUAAUUUUUUUUUAACAUUUGUUUUUCUCCACAGAGCCAUCCAUUGCAAGUCUUUCACAUCUCUUGAGCCAGUUAAUUGUCAGACUGAAUUCACCGACUUCUCAGGGCCCUUCCAACUUAUCAUGUGGAAGAAAAUGAUGCAUGUGCUGCAUACAAGUGAGUAGCUUCAACAUAGGAACAUGCACUGUUAUGUUUUGGGUUUCUCCUCUGAUUCUCUCUGUUUCUCUGUAAAGUGCCUCAGAACCUCACCUUGGAUCCAGACACCGCUCACCCAAACCUGCUCAUCUCAGACUUUGACACUAAAGUUGAGGAGGGCCGCGUCCGUAGCCAGGAGCCAGACCUGCCGGCCCGCUUCACCCGUUUCUGUGGCGUCCUUGCCACAGCCCAGUACGCCAGCGGCCAGCACUACUGGGAAGUGGAUGUGAAGGACAAAGGCGUGUGGUACCUGGGAGUCACUACUGAGUGCAGCAACAGGAAGGGUUUCGUCAGUCUCACUCCCUCUGCAGGAUACUGGAGCCUGUGCCUGCAGGACCGUCUGUACGCUAACGGAGAGGACGGGCGCAUUCCUGUCGCCGACUACUGGAACUCUCCUCGAGUCGGGGUGUACCUGGACUACGACAAUGGGCGCCUUAGUUUCUACGACGCCGUCACAAUGAAGAGACUGUACAUGUUUGACACCUGCUUUGAGGAGCCCGUCUAUCCUUUCUUCAGCCCAGGGAAGAAUGACCCAGGCAGCAGGCUGCAGAUAUGCCACUAUUACUGA